AUGGAGCUCUCGGGAGCUUCGCUCUGGCUUGGAGAGCCUCACUUUAUCCUUCUAUUCACUCUUCCCCUCAACCACCUUUUGUAUCAUCUCCCUCUAUCUGGAUUUGUAUUUUACAUCGAAAGUGAUGUGUUGGGGUUUGUUUUCUUUUUUCUAUUUCAGGAAAACCAGAUGACGGUAUCCAUAACAGGAGCUACAGGCUAUAGAGGGAGUAAAUUGGUGCAAAGGCUCUAUGAAGGUAAAAUAUUAAGGCCCCAGGAAAAGAUCAAGAUCAGGAAAGGUGUUACUGAGUCGCAGCAUCUCCUUAUAAGGUAUGAAGAUAAGCAAUCUGACACUGUUGGAAAGUAUCUUUCUUUCGUAGAUGAUGACACUUUCCCUCACCAGAGGUUUGCUCAUACCCUUCCUCAUUCCAUUAAACUACUCAAAAUUGCAAAUAUAGUCGGUAGUUCUUUCAGGUUAUUUUGUUUCCAUGGAUAUAACAUGGGAACGGAGAUGGUCGUUCUUUGGAAUCCUUCGAUUAGAAAGUCAAUCACUGUUCCUAUGCCUAACAAGUUUAAUCUGGAUCCUGAAACUAAUCUUUGUUUUGGGUUUCCCCUGUGA